CGUCUUUCAAAGGCGAUUCCUCGUCGUCGUCGCUCUUUCACCAUCGCCUCAAUUACGAGCACCCACCACGCCUUCGUGGUCUCUCUCUCUCUCUCUUCGUAGAGCCGACAGGAGGAGCGAUGGCUAUGGCGCUGCAAUCUCCGCUCCAAAUUGACUCCCUGUCCAAUGGCAUCAUGGGCAUGAAGCUCAACACGCCGCGCCCCGGCGCGCUGGCAUCUCCUAAAUUGGGCAUCCGAAUGGCGAUUAAACGAUGGGAGAGGAAGGAAGUCAAGCCGAACAGCUUGCCAGUGGUGAAAAAGUUGCACGUGAAGAUUGGUGACACUGUGAAGGUGAUUUCAGGUCACGACAAGGGCAAGAUAGGCACCGUCACACAAGUCUACACCCACAACAGCAAGGUCAUGGUGAAGGAUGUGAAUCUGAAGACAAAACACGUCAAGGGCAAGGCUGAGGGAGAAUCCGGCCAGAUUGUUCAGGUUGAGGCCCCUGUUCACAGCUCUAAUGUUAUGCUGUACUCAAAGACUGCCAAGGUAGCUAGCAGGGUAGGGCACAAGACUCUUGAGGAUGGGAGCAGAGUUAGAUAUUUGCUUAAAACAGGAGAGGUCAUUGAUAGUGCAGAAGAGUGGAAGAAGGUGCACAAGAAAAAGGCAGAGGACAAGAAAGACUAGCUUUCUAAAUUCAUAGUUUUUGUUCCUUUUCCAUCACGCAGUCUGCAUUGCUCUUCAAGGUUAGCUUCUUCAUUUUGUGUUUAGAAAUCGAAACAUUCUUUCAAUUGUCUUGUUUCUUUAGUGUUGCAUCACAGUUGGUCUUCAGUCUUCAACUUUUGGAUUUGACCCAGACGCAGACGCUCCUCUUAAUCUUCAGAGGUCAUGAGGGUUUCCUAUUUCA